GCUCCGGAUUUAUUGUUCGGUGCACAUGACACAGGAACCGGAAUUGAAGAGCUCAUUGUACUCGUGGGUGUUCGUGUUUACAACUAAAUAGUGGAUUAAAUCAUUUAAACAAUUCACUUGGAAUAUUUGCGACUCCACAGCGAGGUAUGUCGGACAACGAAGAUAACUUUGACGAUGGAGAUUUUGAUGAUGCCGAAGAGGAUGACGGAUUAGAUGAUUUGGAAAACGCGGAAGAUGACGAUCAGGCGAAUGUACAGAUCCUCCCGGCAGGCGAGGGCCAGCAGGCCAACCAGAAGAGGAUAACAACAUCAUACAUGACAAAAUAUGAGCGAGCAAGAGUUUUGGGAACUAGAGCUCUCCAGAUAGCGAUGUGCGCGCCAGUCAUGGUGGAGCUGGAAGGUGAAACUGACCCUUUACAAAUUGCUAUGAAGGAGCUCAAGUGUGGAAAGAUCCCUAUAAUCAUCCGCCGCUACCUUCCAGAUGGAAGUUAUGAAGACUGGGGCUGCGACGAGCUCAUCAUUAGUGAUUAAGUCACUUCUGCGGUCUGAAAGCCACUCUUCUAUUGGCAGAUGCACACUGGAGAUGCUGUUGGACUGUCUAGACUAUAAAAUGACAAUGUAUCAAACAGCAUCCUCUUCACUUAUGUUGAGUCGAACCCUUUGUAUCGCCUGUUUAUACCACAUUAUGAGGGAAAUUACAAUGAAUGUUUGUUUUAGAAAAUUAAAUCUGUCAUUUUGGUGGAGAUUUGACUGUAAGAAACUUUUAUUGUUUUGAAUAAACUUGUAAUACUUCCA